AUGAGCCUAAAUGAACACGACGUGGUCUUGUCAGGACUCAUGGACAUGGAGGAGACGCCGCCACCUACAAGGCCACCACCAGUAUCCAAGGCACUGAAUUUACAGCAAACUGAGGUCGUGGCAAAGCGAAACCAGUCCAAGUACGACUUUGUGAAAGUGCGCGUGUGGGUGGAGGACCACGUUUACGUCUUGUCGCGCUAUUUGCUGUGUCGCGCACUGGUUAGUGCUAAGAUCAAUUCGAGGGACGCGGUGCAAAUUUCGCUCGACUUGAAAAGGACGCUGGUGGACUUGAACGUCACAGAUAUCGGCCAGGAGCAAUUUGAGGACUUUCUGUAUAAGACAAUGUUAGUGUUCGGGUAUGGUGAACCACAGAUCUCGUGUUACAGGAUGAUGUCCAGCUUUCAUCGCAAUCGGGUCCCGCUGCUCAUCAUGCUGGCAGGAACUGCCUGUAUUGGAAAAUCCACCUUAGCAACAAAACUGGCUGACCGCCUGAAUCUUUCGAGCGUCUUGCAGACGGACCUUAUUUUUGAGCUCAUGUGUAACUUUUCAGGGCAAGAAAAGACUUCGUAUAUUACGACGACUUUUUCGUCAACCGACGAUCUCAUUGGGGAAUAUCAGAAAGAGUGUCAGGUGGUGCGCAAAGGUGUCGAGUCCGAUAUCAAUAAGUGUCUGAAGGAUGGAAAGUCGCUCAUUAUUGAGGGUUUCCACAUCGACCCGCGCUUGUACCAGAAAACGAUCAGUGUAUCCGAGAAGGACAGCAGUGCCGCCACUUGUUCAGGCAUCGUCGUGCCCUUCCUGCUUACGCUGGAUGAAGCCGAUCAUCACAACUUUAUGACGAAUUCGCCUGACCCGCGAUACCGCGGCGACCAAAGUGCGAUCGGUUUCCACAACUUGCAGGACGUGCAGAAGUAUUUAGUGUCGCACAGUCAGGAAGAAGCAAUGCUUCCGUUCACCGAGAUUCGCAUUGACCUCCACUCGUUUCACGGCACACUGGACCACCUCCACGAUGUUGUACUUGCACGCAUCAAGGAGGUGUUUGUGAGUAUCACGUCAGCUUAA